UGCACGCUAUUGCAACGCCUGUCUGGUAACUUAAAGAAACUAAUAUGUCCGAAGGUUUGUGAUGGUACUGUGAAGGCUCCAUGCGUGACUCCUCCUCGCCUUUAGGUCUCGUUCGUAUAUUAAUUGAAAUGCCUGCAGGCGGAGAGGUGGACGGUUCGUCUCCCGGCAGAUCAUCACACCCUGGACUUCACCUCUGAACACUUUUUACUGGAUUUGGUGGUGAGAGGAAUUGCUGCGCCAUCAUGAAUCCGCCUUGUGGAAGAUGCAAUAAACCAGUUUAUCCCACAGAAAAAAUUAAUUGCCUUGAUAAGUAUUGGCACAAAGGUUGUUUCAGCUGCGAGGUAUGCAAGAUGGCGCUGAGCAUGACGACCUACAAAGGCUUUGAGAAGAAACCUUACUGCAGUAUGCAUUACCCCAAAACAUCCUUCACCAUCGUGACUGACACUCCCGAGAACCUGCGUCUCAAACAACAGAGCAUGCUCAACAGCCAGGCGCUCUAUAAGGAGGACUUUGAAAAGAACAAGGGCAAAGGUUUCAGCGUGGUGGCCGACACUCCGGAGAUGCAGAGAGUGAAGAAGACACAAGACCAGAUCAGUCACGCUCUUUACAAGGAGGACUUUGAAAAGAACAAGGGCAAAGGUUUCAGCGUGGUGGUCGACACUCCAGAGAUGCAGAGAGUGAAGAAGACGCAAGACCAGAUCAGUGAUAUAAAAUACCAUGAAGAAUUUGAGAAGAGCAGGAUUCGAAGUGACGCACCUCCUCCUGAAAAUAGACAAAUGCAACCAUCCAGCCCCGAGUCAUUCAGUCAGCCACUUGGACAGAUGCGUCCUGCUGCUGUGGCACCACCUAGUGGAGGGAAACGUUACCAGGCCGUGUACAGCUACACAGCAGCAGAGGGAGAUGAAGUCUCUCUCCAGGAAGGCGAUCUGAUCUUGGACGUGGAGCCGAUAGACGAGGGGUGGAUGUUCGGAUGCAACCAGCGCACAGGGCAGCGGGGCCUGCUGCCUGCUAACUACGUCCGACCUGUGUGAAACAAACUCACCUGUGGGUCCACCUCCAGCACCAGCUGUCAUGUGAAUCUGCAAUCACCAAACACAAUCAGGCUUCUCAAAAUCUUGCAAAUGAAAAACUUUUAAUUUCCCUGAACUGUACUGCUUUGUCUUUUUGUCAGAAAUGUGAUUUUCAGAUAAGAUGUGCUGUUUAUGGGUUCUUGAAAGAGGAAAUUAGCCAUUUCACUUUAGGGAGGAACAGUGAUGCUAAAGGUUGAAGUGAAAGUCUAACAGAAACCCACAAAAGAGGAAGUAAGAGAGGAAAGCAGAGAGAAUAUUAAAUAAACCUACAGUUUAUUACAAUAAGUCACGUGUAUUUUUUUUUUUUAUCUCAGGUAAUUUACCUUUUCAUACACGUCCUUCAGCAGAAAAGUGCAGCCCCGACAGAAACAGAUGCAUUCAAGUGUAAAUUGUGAAUUUUUCUGCAGUUGAACCAAAGAAUUCAUGAGUUGUCAUUUUCUAAACUUCAUUUAACAUUUGUUUAUUAUAUUGAGAGGGAAUAUUGUCCAUCUGAGUUAAUCAUGUAAGAUGAUUUCAUUAAUGGAAUAUUUCACUGCAUGUGUUAAAUUUGUUUUUUAAAAGACAAUUUUGCUUUCAUGGUUUUCUUUUGUGUUUAUUUAGGAAACAAUAAAACACCACAGUACAAUAGAACAUAUC